CCCAACUGGGGAUCCCUGAUCAGUGUGACCAGAGCCAGAGUCAGAGAAACAUGGAGUCCAACACUAUCCAGGUGACAAGGAUGGAAUAUGCCAUGAAGUCCCUUAGCCUUCUCUACCCCAAGUCCUUGUCCAGGCAUGUGGCCGUGAGCACCUCAGGGGUGACCCAGGAGCUAUUGUCCGAGUCCAGCCCGGAGGCCCCCAAGGCCCGGCCCUGCAGAGUAAGCAAUGCUGACCGGAGUGUGCGGAAGGGAAUCAUGGCGCACAGUCUCAAGGACCUCCAGCACAAGGUCCGGGACACCCUGAUGCUGGCAGACAAGCCCUUCUUUCUGGUGCUGGAGGAAGAUGGUACAACUGUAGAGACAGAAGAGUUUUUCCAAGCCCUGGCAGAUGACACAGUGUUCAUGGUCCUCCAGAAGGCACAGAAAUGGCAGCCCCCAUCAGAACUGGGUACUAGGUACCAACUUGCCCUCUCCCGUAAGCCUGCCAAGAUUGAUGUGGCUCGUGUAACCUUUGACCUAUACAAGAUGAACCCACAGGACUUCAUUGGUUGCCUGAAUAUGAAGGCCACUCUGUAUGGCACAUACUCCCUUUCCUAUGACCUGCACUGCUACCGGGCCAAGCGCAUCAUGAAGGAAUUUCUUCGUUGGGUCCUCUUCAGCAUGCAGACCACAGGCCAUGUGCUGCUUGGCACCUCCUGUUAUAUGCAGCAGCUCCUGGAUGCCACAGAGGGAGGGCAGCCCCCUGAGGGCAAGGCCCGAUCGCUCAUCCCGACCUGUCUAAAGAUGCUGCAGUGAAGGCUCCAGUCCUUGGAGGCACUCCCCAGGCAAAGACUAGACUGUGGCCCCCAUGCUCAGCUAGUAGCACCACAAACUGGCAGCUAGACACUUCUUACCUCGCCACGCCUUCCUCACCCAUGCAGGACCAUGAAGGAAGAAGGCUUCCUAGGGGGAAAGGCUAGAAACCUGAGGGUUCUUAGCCUGGCCCAGCCCUUCCUGUCCAGGGUAGCUUAGCUGACCAAGAAAGGUCACACCAGUAGGCUAGGCACGAAGUCUGCCCCUCAGCUACUGUCUUCAUAUGCUCCCCACCUCCUGGCCUCCCAGCCCUAAUACUCCUUUGUGAACCACCAAGCCCACUAGUGUAUGACAUUAGAGAGCUCACAUUACAUUAUUUAUGCUGAUACUUCUUUGCUUGUGUUCUUUGGGGGUGAGGGUGGGACUCUGUCUGGAAGGUUGGAAAGGUGUAAGGGAAGAGAGGAAUCUGUUAUCAAACCAUUUUUCAAAAUGUGGGGUUACA